AUGGCUUCUCCCUCUAGACAGGCCCCCCUCGGGGGGUCAGGACUGCUUCAAGGGAGCCGGGCUCGUUCUUAUGGAAGCCUGGUGCAGUCUGCCUGCUCCCCGGUGAGGGAAAGACGCCUGGAGCAUCCGUUGGCGCCCGGAGACACCCUGGCUGGACUAGCACUCAAAUACGGGGUGACGAUGGAACAGAUUAAGCGUGCAAACCGCCUUUAUACUAAUGACUCCAUCUUCCUGAAGAAAACCCUCUACAUCCCCAUCCUGACAGAGCCCAGAGACCUGUUCAAUGGUUUGGAUUCUGAGGAAGAGAAGGAUGGAGAAGAAGCAGUACAGCCAAGUAAGGAUGAAGUUCAACCACACUCAGCUGAGAGGAAGAAACGAGAAAGAGGUUUAGGCCAUGCCAAUGGUGAAGUCCUUCCCACACCUGGCCAGGAGCCCCCCACGCAUGACCUUUCUGCCUCCGAUUUCCUUAAGAAGCUUGAUUCACAGAUCAGCCUGUCAAAGAAGGCUGCUGCCCAGAAGCUGAAAAGGGGAGAAAGUGGGAUACCUGGGGAGGAUUCAAGUCUUCACCUGAGCUCUCCUCGGAUGCAGCAACGAGCAGUCCUAGGUCCCGUGCCACUGACCCAGACCUCUCGGACCCGGACACUUCGGGACCAGGAAGAUGAAAUCUUCAAACUCUGA